AUGACUCCUAAUAAGUGGAUGACUAAACUCUAUCAAGCGUUCACUAAAUACAGACUCACCAUUUACAUGUUUGGUGAUACAAAUCAAUGUGAUCCAGUAGAACCAACUGAUAUGUUUUAUGAUUAUUUCACAUCCAUUCCAGUCUCAGAGAUGUGCCCACGACGGGUUGAAAUGAAGUAUAUAGAAGAAUAUGCUCGAUACGAUCCACAAACACGGGAUCUGUUAACCAAGUUUCUCAAGAGUGGUACUAUCAAACACCAAUUUCAACCACCAAAAGAUAGUUACCAUAAUGCAUGCUAUCUGAAUAAAACAAGGCGGCAUGUCACGCAAGAAUGCUGUAAUAGAUUCACUGAAAAUAGAGAAUAUUAUGAGAUCGAAUUUAAGUAUCAAGGGCAUCGGGAGAAAAAUAGAGUAUCAAACGGGAUGCUAAUGUUAGUGACACAAAAUAUGCGCAAUAAAGAUAUGUUUAAUAUGGAGCAGCAUAACAUUGACAAUAUUGAGGAAAAUGAAGACGGUAAUCUCAAUUUUAUUCUUAAUGGUACAAUAUUCAGUCACAGUGAAUUUCGCGAAUCUUUUAUACCAUCAUUUUGUGUUACAGUGUAUAAAUAUCAGGGAGGAACAAAAAGCACCCCAUAUAAUAUUUAUGAUGUUGAGAAAAUGGACAAGAAACAGCUCUACACAGCAUUAUCCAGAACAACAGAAUUAAAUCAUGUCCAUCUUGAUACAACAAAAUUGAACCCUAAAUACAAAAUCAGAAUGCCGCCGCAUUACGUGACAGUAAAUAGCUACUUUAAUGAUAAUUACCACAAUGGUCAAAUUUACAAGAUUACGUUCGAACACAACAAUAAAUUGUAUAUUGGUAGCUCUAUCAGAAAUCUGCAAGAACGGCUCAAUGUACAUGUGACCACAAAAUCAAGUGCAAUAUAUCAAUGCAAGGGUGACAACCCAGUAAUCACACCAAUAAUAAGAGCACCUUGUAAGGAUCGUCAAGAAGUAAACAGAGUGGAAGCCGAAUACAUCAGAUAUUAUAGUGAAAAAUAUAGGGACCGUUUACUCAACAAAGAAUCAGUUCCUAAACAGACAGUCAAAAUUGAAUACAAACAUCAAGCGCAAAUCGAGACAGAAAAUAAAUUGCGCGACCGUCUGCGCCAGAAAUUUGGUGAUGAACUCAAAAUCAAGGAUAAUCCCAUGAAUAAGCUACUAUACUACGAUGCUAAGAUUGAUGGCAAAUGUUACAAAACAAUGGCCAGAUAUACCAAACAAUCCAAGGAGGAAGCAAUGUCAAAGGUAACCAAAAAGCAACAGCAGCUGAUCAGUGAAUUGACAAUCCAACGGGAAUAA